AUGGAUACUCUUACAAGCACCGCUGAUGUUCCUCCGGAAUUUCUAAAGUCGGCAUACCUUAUAGGAAAAACCCCAAGACGAGCCUUGGCAUCAGAACCUCGUGUCUCUUACGACCUCUACAUCCCACCUGACCCAUACAAGUUUAUCUCAAUAGCUCAAAGCAAAGACGGGUCACAGACGGCCGCUCAAAAACUUCCAUUAUUGGUCUUCAUACAUGGCACUCUGCGUGAUGAUUGCUAUAUCGACAGAGGACUUACCCCCUUUGCUGAAUCCACACCCUGUGCCGUCAUGGCGCCGCUGUUCCCAGCCGGACUUGAUGGCCCGUUUGACUUGGAUUCCUACAAGUUACUUCGGUCUCGAACACUACGAUCCGAUUUAGCGCUUUUGAGUAUGCUAGACGAAGUGGCUCAUCGCUGGCCGGGCAUCGAUACAACUAAAAUAUUUCUCAUGGGCUACUCGGGUGGUGCUCAGUUUGUGCAUCGAUUCCUCUAUCUUUACCCUGAACGUCUCGCAGCAGUCAGCAUUGGCGCUCCAGGGAGUGUGACUGUUCUGGACACUUCAUUGAAGUGGCCUGCAGGCAUAGCAGAUGUGGAAGAGCUUUUCGGCGUAUGCAUCAAUAAGGAAUUGAUCAAACAGGUACAGAUUCAACUCGUCGUAGGCGACUCUGAUACUGAGAUUCAUGGGGGAGAAGAAUUUUGGAUCUGGCUACGGAAGUUGCGAACAGGAUCCAAGGUCGAGUCGGUAGCUGGGAGACAGCCGGACACCGAGGCCAAUGGAAUACAACACAAAGAGAUGGUGAAAAAUAGGUUGGAUACUCUGAAGAGACUGCAAACCUUGUGGAGAGAAGAUGGGAUAAAUGUCCAGUUUGACAUUGUAGAGUGUGCGAAGCAUGAGUCUGCUAAAUGCCAAGGUCAUGCUUUAAAGUUCUUGGAUUCGCUGAUGCGCAAAUAA